UCUGUUAACACGUAUGAUAUUUCUAUCUUAUUUGGUUCUGAUGGAUUUUUUUAUUGUUGACUGAUCUGGACUUUUUCCUUCAGUUACCUCCAUAGCUCUUCGCUGCUUAGUUAUCGACUUCGUUUUCUAUGGCAGACGAGGAACCUGUUGACCAAAAAAGGCAUCUUGAAGAGGCUUGCAAGCCUAAAUGCGUGAAACAACUUCGUUCCUAUGAGGAGUGUGUUAAGAGAAUCCAAGGUGAUGAAAGUGGGCACAAGCAUUGCACUGGUCAAUAUUUUGAUUAUUGGUCUUGUAUUGAUAAAUGUGUUGCACCAAUAAUAUUCUCGAAACUGAAAUAACUGGGGCCAAUGUUGUUUGACAUCAGCAUCAUGUCCUGCUGUUUUGAGUUUGAAAGCGAUUGUUUCAGAAACUAUCAAUCUUGUACCGCCUGCGUGGCUUAUCUGAGAACUGCUAAAAUUUCGUGUGUUACUGUGGAAACCUUUAAUCAUUGUCAAUAAAUUUGGAUCAUGGAAGACA